AUGCAUGAAUACAGAGUAAGUGGACCACCUAGAAUCAGAAAGAAUGUGAAUGACAUGAAGCUUGAUGAUUUUGUGCUAUGUAGACUUUAUAAGAAAGUUGAAAAUACAAACAAAAACAAGCAAGAGAAUGAGAAAGGUGACGUGGCCGGACAACCUCAAUCGUUGUUAGAAAAUCCUCACAUCAAUAAGAGUGAUCUUGUAGGAAUGAAUUUUCAUUACAAUAGCGUAGGAGAUUCAAACAGACUUGUCAGUCCCUACUGUGGCAAUGUUGAACCGCCUUUGCCAAAUGGACUCCCUGAAAACCAUCAGUUUAUGGAUGUUUCUCCCUCUGGAGUAAGGCCUAUAUGUUAUAUGCCUCCUAUUUUUCCCACAGAGAGCUUUUAUGAAGUGGAAUUAUCUUGA